ACGGGGGAGAGGAGACGCAGGGAGAGAGGAGGAGAGAGAGAGAGGGGAGACACUGGGAGAGACACGGAGAGAGACGGGGGUAGAGGACACACGGGGGAGAGGACACGGAGAGCGACACGGAGAGAGAGGAGACGCAGGGAGAGAGGAGGAGGAGGCACGGCGCGUGUUGCCAUGGCCAGGCGCUCCCGCGCUACCACGAGGGGUAGCAGCAGCAGCGGCAGCGGCUCUCUGCUGCUCGCCAUCCCCACCACCACCACCAUCAUCACCAUCUCCACCACCUUCCUCGCCUUGCUCUGCUUCGCUGCGCCUUGCGGAGGAGCGCAGCUGCUGCAACAACAACAACACCACCAUCAUCAUCACCACCAGGAUGUGGUGGAUACGGGGGGCCACAGUCUGCACCCCCCUUACUUCAACCUGGCCGAGGGGGCCGCGAUCUCGGCCACGGCGACGUGCGGCCACGACGCGGGCGGGCAGCCCCGGGAGCAGCUCUACUGCAAGCUGGUGGGCGGGCCCGUGGCCGGGGACCCCGCGCAGACCAUACAGGGCCAGUUCUGCGACGUGUGCCGCGUGGACGCGCCCGAGAAGGCGCACCCCGCCAAGAACGCCAUCGACGGCACCGAGCGCUGGUGGCAGAGUCCGCCGCUCUCGCAGGGGCUCCAGUUCAACGCCGUGAACGUCACGCUCGACUUUGGCCAGCUCUACCACGUGGCCUACGUGCUCAUCAAGUUUGCCAACUCGCCAAGGCCGGACCUGUGGGUGCUGGAACGCUCCACGGAUUUUGGGCAGUCGUACGCUCCGUGGCAGUACUUCGCUUCUUCAAAGACGGACUGCUGGGAGCUGUUUGGAGCGAAGACCCUCGAGAAAAUCCGCAACGACGACGACGUCAUCUGCACCACGGAGUACUCCAGGAUUGUGCCGCUGGAGGACGGAGAGGUCGUCAUUUCGCUCGUCAACGGGCGGCCCGGCUCCACGAACUUCUCCUACUCGGAGGUGCUGCGCGACUUCACUAAGGCCACCAACGUGCGGCUGCGCUUCCUGAGGACCAACACGCUGCUGGGUCACCUGAUGGCCAAGGCGCAGCGGGACCCGACGGUGACGCGCAGGUACUACUACAGCAUCAAGGACAUCAGCAUCGGUGGGCGCUGCGUGUGUCACGGCCACGCCGACACCUGCAGAGCCAGGAACCCGCACAACCCCUACCUACUGCGCUGCGAGUGCCAGCACAACACGUGUGGGCAGUCGUGUGAAACCUGCUGCCCCGGCUUCCACCAGAAGCCCUGGAGACCGGCCACCGUCGACAGCGCCAACGAGUGUGAACCCUGCAACUGCCACGGCCACUCGGAGGAGUGCGAGUACGAUGCGGAGGUGGAGAGGACGAGAGGGAGCCUGAACGUGCACGGGGAGCGCGAGGGCGGAGGUCGCUGCCUCAACUGCCGGCACAACACGGACGGGGUGAACUGCGAGCGCUGCAAGCCGGGAUUCUACCGCCUGGCGGGGGUGCCUCCCACCGCUCAGGACUCGUGCCAGGCGUGCGACUGCGAGUUGGAUCACACGCUGGGCGGGUGCGAGGAUCGGAGCGGCUACUGCCUCUGCAGGCCCAACUUCUCCGGGGAGCGGUGCCAGCACUGCGCCCGCGGCUUCCUUGGCUACCCCCACUGCUGGCCUCUCCGGAACACAAGCUUCCCAACGCCGCCGCCCGUCGCUCAGCAAGUCGCCCACAUCACAGUGAGCUGCGAGUGCUCUGCCGACGGCUCGGACGCGUGCUUCCGGAGCACGGCCACGGGGCACUGCCCGUGCCGGCGCGGCUACACCGGCGUCACGUGCAGCGCCUGUGCGCCCGGGCACCACGGCUACCCUCGCUGCCAGGAGUGCGACUGCUCCGUCCCCGGCGCCGACGGGGCGGGCUGCGACCCGGUGUCGGGGCAGUGCUCGUGCCGGACCGGCUUCCAGGGCCCUCGCUGCGAGCUCUGCGCCGCCGGGUACCACAACUACCCGCUGUGCCAGCUGUGCCAGUGCUACCAGGAUGGCUGCCAGGCGGACGUGUGCAACGACUUUGGGCGCUGCAUGUGCCGCCCGGAGUACGGCGGCUCCCACUGCGAGACCUGCAACCCCGGCUUCCACAGCUUUCCUCAGUGCCAGGAGUGCGUGUGCGAGCCGGCCGGCUCGGUGGAGACUCACUGCGGCCACGGCGGGCGCUGCGCGUGCCAGCCCAACUUCGCGGGCUCGCGCUGCGAACGCUGCGCCGACGGCUUCUACGGCUUCCCCGUGUGCAUGCCGUGUGACUGCAACCUGGACGGUUCGCUGUCGGCCGCCUGCGACCAGCACAGCGGGCAGUGCGCGUGCCGGGCCGGCAUCCUGGGCCACAAGUGCGAGGCGUGCGUCCCCGGCUCCUACGACUUCCCGCGCUGCGAGGUGUCGUCGUGCGUUCCAUCCGGUUCACUCGUCAGCAACACCGUGCCCUCCGAGGGCUCCUGCCAGUGCCGGGAGCACGUGACGGGGCCCGAGUGUGACGUGUGCAAGCCCCUCUACUGGAACAUCAACUCCUACAAUCCCUCUGGCUGUGAAGGCUGCCACUGUGACGGACAGGGCACUCUGAGUGGCGUAGCCGAGUGUGAGCAGCUCGCGGGGCAGUGCUACUGCAAGCCCAACGUGGGCACGCGCUCCUGCACGGCCUGCGAGGACGGAUACUUCUCGCUCGAAGCCGACAACUACUUUGGCUGCCAAGGCUGCCUCUGCGACGUUGGGGGGUCGCUGGGCCAAAGCUGCGACAGCCGCACGGGCGCCUGCAGCUGCCGCCCCCACCUGGGGGGGCGCCGCUGCGACCGGCCGGAGCAGCACUACUUCUUGCCGGGGAUGCACGCGCUGCGGGUGGAGGUGGAGGAGGGCCUCACGCUGGAGGGGCGCCCCGUGCGCUUCGGAUUCGACCCGAACGAGUUCAGUGACUUCAGCUGGCGCGGCUACGCACAGAUGUCCUGCCUGCAGACGCAGCUGGUGGUGCGGGUGCAGGUGGAGCUGCCGCUGCUGUACCGCGUGGUGUUCCGCUACCAGAGCGCGGUGCCGCACGACGUGCAGGCGGUGAUCUCCGUCACCGAGGACUUCAGCUCGGACACCUGCUGGAGCUGCCAGGAGCAGAGCCGCUCGGUGACGUUUGGCCGCGCGGCGUCACCGGCCCUGGUGACGGUGCCCGGGAACGGGGCGCCCGCCACCCCCUUCGUGCUCAACCCUGGCACGUGGUACAUCGUCAUUGAGGUGCAGGACGUGCUGCUGGAUUACCUGGUGCUGCUGCCCAGCACCUACUACGAGGCUCCCGCACUGCAGGUGAAGGUCACGGAGCCCUGCCGCCACAGCGCGACCCCCGAGCAAGCCGAUGACAACUGCCUGCUCUACUCCUUCCUGCCGCUCGACGGCUUCGCGAGUGCGGCCGCGGCGCUCGGAUUCCACGUGGACCGCUCGGGCCAGCGCGUCGCCGUGCAGGGGCGCACCCGGCCCCACCCCUCCCCGGCUGCCGUGGUGGAACUCGGCGCCCAGCAUGACAACUUGCACGUGACGCUGGACGGGCUGGAGCCGGGAGAGCAUGCGCUCGUGCUCGAGUUUGCGAGCGAGGCCGAAGCGAGCCAGACGCCGGCCGUCACGGUGCGGCACGGCCUGGGUGCGGAGCCGCAGGCCACCGUCACCAUCCAGCCCUGCGACUUCAGCUUCCUUUGCCGGGCCGUGGCGGUGGACGCUCGUGGCCGCGUCGCCGUCUUCUCGCUCGCCAGCCGCGCCGACGUCGUCGUCAGCGGCCAGGGCCUGCACCGCCUCCUCCUCCACAAGAUAUAUGCUGUCCCGUACAAGGACUUCAGCAUGGAGCUGGUGGAGUCACUCGUGCACUGUGUGAGCACGCACGGUACUCAUCCCAGCCAGAGCGCUCGCUGCAUCGACUCCACGUUCUCUCAGCCGGCGGGCUCGGUGCGCUCCGAGGGGGGCGGCCCGGUCCCCACCGACGACAGGCAGCAGAGGCCUUCCAGCGCCCAGGGAGCGCCACCACUCAUCCACCUGCAUGGCGAGGAGGUGCGAGCGAGCGUGCGUCUGGCCGUGCCGGCUGUGGGGCGCUACGUGUUCGUGGUGCACUUCCACCAGCCCCUGCACCCGUCCUUCCGCACCGACAUCCACCUGGACGCCGGGCUCUCGUGGCAUGGGCAGCUCAACGCUUCUGCUUGCGUGCACGGCCGGGGCUGCCGCGGGGCGGUGGAGGCCGACGGCUGGCUGGGGCUGGACGUGACGUCUCUGCACGUCGUCGCCACCGUCAUCGUGCCGCACGGCCGCUCCCUUUGGCUGGAGUAUGUGCUCGCGGUGCCGGAGGACUCGUUUGACCCCACCAUGUUAUCCCCCGAGCCCACCGACAAGUCCGCCGACUUCAUCUCGCUCUGCGGAGGAAACAGCUUUCACGUCGACCCCGCGGCAUCGCCGCCCUUCUGCCGCGACGCGUCCGCCUCCCUCUCCGCCUUCCACAACGGCGGCGCGCGGCCGUGCGAGUGCCACGGCGCCGGCUCGCUGGGCCCCGACUGCGAGCCACACGGCGGGCAGUGCCGCUGCCGGGCCAACGUGAUCGGCCGGCAGUGCACGCGAUGCGCCACGGGGCACUACGGCUUCCCACACUGCCGUCCGUGCGAGUGCGGCGGGCGGCUGUGCGAUGAGUCGACGGGCGGCUGCAUCUGCCCGCAGCGCACACUGCUGCCCGAGUGCACGCAGUGCGAGCCGCUCAGCUUCGGCUGCCACCCACUCGUCGGCUGCGAGGAGUGCGCCUGCGCCGGCGAGGGGACGCUCAACCCGCAGCCCGCCAGCUGCGACUCGCAGACCGGGCAGUGCCGGUGCAAGGCCAACGUGUCUGGGCGGCAGUGCGACCAGUGCCUGCCCGGAUUUUUCCAGUACCCGGACUGCUUGCCCUGCAACUGCGAACUGGCCGGGAUCACUGAAGCCCAGUGUGACCCCUUUACCGGGCAGUGUCUGUGCAAGGAGAACGUGGAGGGCGGACGGUGCGAGCGGUGCCGGGCCGGCACCUUCUCCCUGAGUGCCGCAAACCCCAAGGGCUGCACCAGCUGCUUCUGUUUUGGCGUCACCGACCAGUGCCAGAGUUCCGUCCGGCGCUGGGAACCGGUGAUGGAGAUGGCUGGUUGGAGAUUGGUUGGGGGCCGACAGGGUCCAAUCUUCGCCCACCUUGACCGGCACAGGAACCGUGCGACCGUGCGGGAUUGGGAGCCGGAGUCCCCGCUUAACGAGGUCUACUGGGCGGCUCCUGCCUCCUAUCUGGGUGACAAGGUCCACUGGUAUGGAGCCACCCUGAGCUAUCAGAUGAGCUGGGAGGGCCCCGUGGAGGUGCCCAGCGCAAUAUCACAUGAUCAUCGCCCUCUACUGCUCCUAUCGGGCAAUGGCCUCACGCUGCUGCACAUGGGGCAGGAGAGGCCUGGGCCAGACCAGACCAGCGAGGGCAACGUGCAGCUCGUGGAGGGGAACUUCGUGCACAGCAGCAGCGGGAGCCGCGGGGUGACGCGCGAGGAGCUCGUGCUGGUGCUGGCCGGGCUGCAGGAGCUGCACGUGCGCGCGCUCGGGGUUCCCCCGUCGUACCCGCACGUCACGGCCGCCUUGCGCUCGCACGCCGGCUCCGUCUACGACUCCUCCGGCUCCGCGAGCAGCGGCCCGGCCUACGUGCUGCACGUGGGGCGCGUGCGCGUGGAGCCCGACGCAGCCCCCGUGGAGCAGUGCUUCUGUCCCAGCAGCUACCGCGGGGAAUCGUGCCAGGAGUGCGCGCCCGGCUACUACCGGGACACGCGGGGGCCGUACCUGGGCCGCUGCCUGCCCUGCGACUGCAAUGGACACUCGGACCAGUGUGAGCACGGCACCGGAGCCUGCCUGCGCUGUCAGCACAACACGCAGGGCGAGAGCUGCGAGCGCUGCCAGCCAGGACACGUGGGCAACGCCAGCGUGGGUGCUGCCCAGCCUUGCCAGCCGUGCCCCUGUCCCCUCUCCCUGCACUCCAACAGUUUCUCCAUGGGCUGCACUGACCGCGACGGAGAGAUGAAGUGUAUGUGCAAGAGCGGCUACGCAGGGAGCAAGUGUGACAGGUGCGCUCCGGGCUUCUACGGGAACCCCAUGGUGAUCGGCAGCGCGUGCCGCCCCUGCGACUGCAACGGCAACUCGGACCCCAACAUGAUCUUUGAGGACUGCCAUAACGUGACGGGCGCGUGCAGCUCCUGCGUGCCGGGCACCGCGGGGCCCCACUGCCAGUUCUGCGCGCCGGGGUUCUACGGCGACGCCGUCGUCGCCAAGAACUGCACUGCGUGCGCGUGCGACGCGUGCGGCACGCAGGAGUGUGACGUCCACACGGGCCGGUGCCACUGCAAGCCGGGCGUCACCGGGCCUCACUGCUCCAGCUGCCGCGAGGGAUACUACGGGUUCGACGGCUGCCAGGGCUGCCGGGCGUGCGAGUGCGGCGGCGGGGGUGCGUGCGACGUCACCACGGGGCAGUGCGCCUGCCCCCCGGGGGUCGAGGGCAUCGCCUGCGACCGCUGUCAGCCGGGACACUGGGACCUGGGGCCCCAGGGCUGCAGGAGGUGCGAGUGCCACACGGGGCAGUGCGACCCGAGCAGCGGGCGGUGCUCUUGCCCCCAGGGGGUCACGGGGCCGCAGUGCGGCUCCUGCCUCGACCCGCACUCCCUGCCGCUCCCGCAUCCUCACGGCACCGUGCACUGCCAACCCUGCGACAACUGCGUCGUGGUCCUGCUGGACGACCUGCGGCGCUCGGACGCCGAGGCGGAAGCGACACGCCUGCGGCUGCAAAACCUCACGGCCACCACCUUCGCCUUCACGCGCCUCCACAACGUCAAUGAGUCGGCGAGCUCCACGCGGGCGGCUCUGGGCCAGGUGAACGGCCUCAUGGAGAGGCAGCGCGGUCAGCUGGAUGCGAUGGAGAUGAACCUGCCGGGGUUCGCACAGGAGUCGGAGGCUCUCCACGCACGGGCCAACGCCUCCGUGACGCUGGCCAAGAGGCUGGAGGCCGCCGUGGAGUCGAGCCGGCAGCAAGCGGAGGGGCUGCUGCACGGCGUGCACCGCCUGGCGGCCCACAUCCAGGAUCUCCUGCGCCAAGCGGCGGACCUGGACCGGAACCCCGAGUCAGGGGGGGCGCUGCCCUCGUCCGACGAGUUCCAGCGCAAGAUGGCGGAGGCGACGCGCCUGCUGGACGACAUGAGGCGGCGCUCGCUGCACGCGCAGGCCGAGCUGGCGCGGCAGGAGAAGCACCUCGCUGACAAACUGCUGCAGCACGUGCAGCAGGAGGUCGGCGUCCCCGCGGGAGAGACGGCGGCCAUGGGGGCGGCCGUCACGAAGGACCUCGACUCCUACCAGGCUAAGCUCAUGGAGCUCCGCGACGUCCUCAACCAAGCGAGCAACGCCAGCCGGCGCGCCGCCACCGUCAACAGCGUCAGCCGGGACGCGCUGCGGGACAACGAGGCAAAGGGGCAGCAGGUGGCCAGGUUGGUGCAGGAAGCCCUCGGGGUGCUGAAUGCGGCGGAGCAACAGCUGCUGGACGCGUACCAGAGCUUGCAGGGCCUGGAGAACACGCGCACCGAGUGCGAGCAGCUGGCGGCCGAGGUGGACGGCGCCCUGCAGGGUCUCUCCGCGUGGCUCAACGAGCGCGGGCCCACAGGGGACCUCGGGUCGCUGGUGCAGCGAGCAGAGGAGCACGCGCGGCGCAUGCAGGAGGCGGUGCGCAACCUCACACGGAGCGUGGCCACAGACGACACCAGCGGCUUCACACAGAAGGCGAUCAACGCCUCCAGGGCCUACGAGGACAUCAUCAAGGCCCUCAAGGAGGCCGAGGCGGCCUCAACGAUGGCACUCGACACGGCCAUGCGCGUCGAGCAGAACGUGGACACCAAUGACUUCCCAAGGAAAGCGAAGGCCUCACGAGAGGAGAGCGAGAACCAGCUGAUCAACGCAAACACCGCCAAGGACCAGUUGGAGUCCGUGACGGAGCAGGAGCUGCAAGGAGCGAAGGAGCGGUUGGUCGCGACCCAGCGCAAGCGAGCGGAAGUGCAGGCAGCGCUACAAGCCGCCAUCGACAACAUCAACAUGGUCUCCCGAGGGGACGUGGGGGAGGUGCUGAACCGCACGCUGCAGGCGGCGGACGACGCGCAGGCCGUCGCCGCCGAGGUGGACGCCGCCAUGGGGCCCGUGGAGCGGCAGCUCGACGAGUGGAGGGACAAGUUCAGCCGCGCGCCCGCCGACAACGCGGCCUACAGCGCCGCCCUCACCGACGCCAAAAGGACGAUCAAAACCCUGGCGGAGACGAUCCCCGACAUCCUGCAGAAGCUGGAUCGUCUGCAGAACCGCAUCCCGUCCUCGAACAUCGCCAACAACAUCUCCCGCAUCCAGACGCUCAUCGCACAGGCCCGGGAUGCGGCCAUGAAGGUCAAGGUGUCCAUGAAGUUCAACGGCACCUCGGGGGUCCAGGUGCGCCCGCUGCAGAACCUGCAGGACCUCAAGGCCUACUCGCUUCUCAGCUUCUACAUCCGCAUGGGCGAGCAGCAGCGGCGGCGGCAGACGGAGCCCAAUAGCCGCUUCGUCAUGUACCUGGGCAGCAAGAAGGCCGACAAGAACUACCUGGGCGUCACGGUGAAGAACGGCAACAUCGCGUACGUGUACAACCUGGGCGGGGAGGACGCCGAGCUGCAGGUGGAGGACAAACGGAUAAGUGGGGAGGACUUCACGCAAGUCCGCAUCGAGCGCAUCAAGCAGCACGGGAAGCUGCGCGUGACGGAGAAGCAGUACACGAGCACGGCCACCGGCUCGCUGUCCGGCGACUUCUCCCUGCUGCACCUCGACCCCGAGGACACCGUCUUCUACGUCGGGGGCGUCCCCCCCGGAUUCCAGCUGCCCCUGAGCCUGCGCUACCCCAACUUCAUCGGCUGCAUCGAGCUUGCCACCAUCAACGACAACGCAGUGAGCCUCUACAACUUUGAGCGGCUCAUCAACAUGAGCACCACGCUCUCCUACCCGUGCGGGCGAGGCAAGGGCUUCUUGGAGAGGAACAGCAACACCUUCUACUUCGACGGCUCGGGCUUCAUCAGCGUGGAGGACGUGGACCGGGACAAGAAGAUCAAGCCCACGCUCGCCAAGUUCGACAUGGAGAUCCGCACGUCGGCCGACAACGCCCUCGUGCUCUACAUGGCCGACGGGGACAAGUUCCUGAGUCUGGAGAUCCAGGACGGGCUGCUGAGGCUGGCGUACGACUUCGGCUACACCCAGGGCGUCAGCAUUCCCACGCUCACGGAGAAGAAGCCGGUCAACGACGGGCAGCCGCACACGAUCCAGAUCAUUCACCGGCAGGCGGGCCGCAUGUACCUGCGUCUGGACCGCAUCACCAUCGCGCAGGGCGCCACGCAGCCCGGCACCAUGGUCUUCAAGCGCAUGUUCAUCGGCGGAGUCUCACCUGGAGCCAUCAGCGAGCGGAGCCGUACCCACGUGACGACGGAGACGGGGCUCAAGGGCUGCCUCCUGAGCCUCAAGGUGCAGGACACCAACCUGGACCUGCAGAAGGAACAGAUGAUCGGAGUGAGCGCCGGCUGCUCGGACGACGUGCUGGUGUCGCGCAAGGCCUACCUGGCGGGCGACGGGUUCAUGUCGCUGGCCGUCAAGGAGCCCUACCCCGUGCUGGAGACGGGGCUCACGUUCCGCACCAUGCAGCCCAGCGGCCUGCUCUUCUACUACUCCUUGCAGGGUGAAAUUCUGUCCGUCUCCCUUAAAGAGGGGGCGGUGGUCCUGAAGACGAAGGAGGACACCCUGCGGACCAUGAGCGCCGGAUACAACGACGGCUCCAACCACUACCUCUUCGCUCUGCGCAACUCCUCCAGCCUGCGCCUGGUGCUGGACGACGUGGACGCGAGCGACAGCGCGGCGCCCUCCCUGCGCCCCGCCGGCCGGGAGGCUCAGCCCGGACGCCUCUUCGUGGGCGGGGUCCCCGACGCGCCGCCCCCGCUCGGCUUCGACAACUUCUCCGGCUGCAUCAGCGACGUCUUCAUACGCCGGCCCGGCCGGGACGUGGUGGUACAGGACCUGCAGCUGCUGACCAAGGUGCAGGUGUCGCUGGAGAGCUGCCCCGACGAGCAGCGGCCGCCCGCGGCGCUCACUCUGGCCGCGUCGUCCCGAAGCAGCGCCCAGCGACAGCGCGCGCCCAGACUCCGCGGUUCGUCAGCGCGGCACCUGAGGCCCGUGCAGGACGGUGUGCCGGCGUGGCCCGGCGAGGGCGGCUGUGCGGGGCCGCGGGGGGGCCCCGGCGGGGGCAACGGCGAUGACGCGGGGCUGCUCUUUGGGGGCGCCAAGGAGAGCCGCGCCGAGUUCGCGCUCCCCACGCCCACGCUCACCAAAGUGCACCUCUCGCUGGAGCUGAAGACCAACGCCAGCAACGGGCUGCUCGUGUACGCGUCCAGCGGCGGGGACGACGACGGGCGGCACCUGGACGUGCACCUGGCCCACGGGCACCUCCACCUAACCGUCAGCAGCAGCAGCCAGAAACGGGGCCACAGGCUCAAGCUGAAGAGCCCGAAGAAGGUCAACGACGGCCAGUGGCACUCGGUGGAGGUGGUGGUGGGCCCCGAGGCUCGCGGGGAGCUGAUCGUGGACGGCUCGGCGGCGAAGGCCGCCCCGGCACGCCGCGGGGGCCCGGAGCUCGGCCUGCGCUCCCCGCUCUACCUGGGCGGCGUCGCCAGCGGCGUGGGCCGGCAACACCUGCAGGGCCGCUGGAGGGCCGGGCUGCGUGGCUGCGUGCGCGGGGCCCGGCUCAACGGAGCGCCCCUGGGGGAGCCAGCGCGCCGCUUCGCCGUGACGACCUGCACCUCCGCGCCCACGACGCCCGGCGUGUUCUUCUCGCACGAAGGCGGCCACGUGCUGCUGGACGAGGCCGUGGAGGUGGCGUCGAAGCUGGAUCUGGCGCUGGAGGUCCGGCCGCACCACCCCUCGGGGCAGCUGCUGCACCUGGGUCGCCCGGGCGCCACGCGAUACCUCGCCCUCUACCUUCACGGUGGCCAGGUGACCGUGCUGGCGAACGAUGGCGUGGAGGAGUUCUCCGCCACGGUCUCCCCCACGCGCUCGCUGUGCGACGGCCAGUGGCAUCGCAUCGCAGUGAUCAAGACCAGGAGCGUGCUUCACUUGGACGUGGAUGGGGACGUGAGUACCGUCAAGGGCCCGGCGUCCGGGCUGCUCACGCAAGUGCAGCAGGAGCUGCACGUCGGAGGGCUGCCCCUUGGCCUGCUGGGCCCCUGGCCGGACAACAUCCCCCGGCUCUCGGCCUGCCUGCGGGGCCUCGCGCUCAACGGCGGGGCCCGCGACUUCGCCAAGGCGGCCUCCGUGCAGGGGGCGGUGCACGUGCACGGCUGCCCGGAAGUCUAACGCCACCCUCCAGACCACCCAUCGUCUACACAGCCCGGUGUCUGCAGACCGCCCGUUGUCUGCAAGCCUCACGUCUCUGUGGCUUUUGGCCAUUUCAAAAAUAAUAAUAAACACCUGAAGUGAUUUUUAUGGUUCAUUUAGCUUUUCCAUGCACAGCCUUUUCUCAAUCCACUGCUGGAUGAGGGCCUCCCCGUUCUGUGCGGGUUGCGGGGGUUAUUUGAUCGUACCGUACGUCGCGUAUCCAACUGUCGUAAAUCCACCCUGUCUAGUUAACCACCCAGACCCAGCGCAGUGAUUGUGCGCGAUGGUGUGGCCGUCUUUUUCUAUCGAUGUUCACACCUCCGACCGUUUAAUAGGUCUGCCCAUAACCUCGGAUACCCGGCGGGUCGGAUACGCGACGUUGCACCGCUUUCCACCAUGCUAGUCAGUGCGGGUUGGAAGACAGGGAGCGUAAGUGUCGUGGGAGCGUAUUACUGAAAUACAGCAAUGGAUUUUUCAGCACAACUCUUUGCUGCCAACCACUUUAAAGCAGUCAAUAUCAAAGUUUCUACUUGCCUAGUCGAGCAUGGAGGGGGGGGAAGAGCUCAUCUCUGAGUGGCUGAGAGCCAGCGGUUAAAACGUAACAUGCCUGUACUGGGGGCCGGUAUUUCCAUAAGACACUCGCGUCAUGGUUCGGACAAUUUGGUCGUCAUUUUAGUGGCCCCGGGUCGCGUGUCGAGUUGGCUCACCCCUCCGGGGGAAGUGGUCACGAACCGGUUUAGCGCACCACGCUACGAGUCCGGCGAGUCGAGUUCGAUUCCCGCUCAUGGUCAAUUAAUAGUGGUGAAAAUAUUUGAAACGGUCCUGGGGUCUCUCCCCAAGGUUGACUCAGCCUUAAAACAGUACCUGGGUUGGAAUGUGUGCACACGUGCUGGGGGAGACAAAGGCGGUCUGGGGCGUGGUGUUGGUCACCUUCUCUCACCCCCUUUUGAGCCAUGACGGCCUUCAUGGAAGCUCUCGAACAGCACUUUGCCCCAGCAGUCUGUCCGAGCUGACAGGUGGGGAUAUUUGUCUCAAAACGCAAUCCCUCGUUGGGAUUAAAACCCCUCGACCUUCUGGCUGUGCCGGUGUGGUCCGCAAACCGUUCCACCUGGUCAGAUGGAGAGAGAAAACUGUUUUAUACAACUGGUCCCUCGUGUCUCAACCUGGGGUCUAUAAAUUGGUUCCAAUUUCAACGAAUUUUAUUUUUAUAUACGCAAAUAUAUUUCCCCCACAAAAGCGGAAUCGUUUUUUUUGUACCAUUCUCUACGUUGCCGCACCUUCAAAGGGUUUCAUGGUUUAUUUUCAAUCUAAUCCUCAUUGCAUUCCAGUGUUCCACGCCAAUCAAAAUCUUGGCUCACUGGCGAAUCCCGAUGUAGGUGAAUUGAGUCUCCCUAUAUCUCCGAUUCUAAGGACUGCACCAAUCGCUUUCUUGGCCUCCUGUCCUGCGAAAUAAUUUUCAGCAUUGAUGAGUAAACUCACCGAUGUUCAAGCGUGGAGCAACGUUUAUAGUCACGUACACCAGACGAUCCGCCUUUUUUUAUCAUUAAAUUGCAGCAGUCCAUGUUUUAGCGAGCACCUAUUUUGUCUCCCCAUUGUCGACGCUUAACACUGCACCGGGUAGUCAAAAACAUCGCUCGGUUUACCAGAGCAGGCUCGUAACGCAAGUCCAUUUAAAAUUGCGCAUGUCCAGGAAUUUAACCCAUCUUGCCAGGGUUGUAGGACAGAGCAGCAACCACUAAGCCACUACUUUAUACCUACACGUGCACAUACAAAGAUCACCCCGAAAGUCUUAACAGACUGUUGGGGAAAGAGGUGUCAGCUGUAACCUGUGAAGGUCAACACGGCACACCAGGGGGAGAUGUGGCCAGGAGCACGCCAGUCCACCUUUGUAAAUGACACACUGCACCAGGUACUCGUAAAGAAGCUUUUAUUUUGUCAGUGAAAGCCCACUAAGAUAUUAGCUCUUUUUCAGAGGCGACCUGGCCACGCGUGAUAUCUCAUUGCAGUGGCUGAUAUCAUCACACCGGGGAAUGUAUAGCAGCAGCCAAAAUAAUUUCAGCGCGCGUUUGUGAAUGUGGAAGGCAACAACCAGAGGACCCGAAGAAGAAUCCAGUGGGGAAAGAGAUCACGCAAACUACAAACAUACAAGAGUCUUCGUCAAGGUCGGGAUAAAACCAAACGACCUCUUGCAUUCGAGGCGAGGGAAAUAAUAUAAUCGCCACCGAAGUGCACCGUUUAAGGAUGAGUCAACUUAGCGGAGGCCAAUGACCGGUUGAGAUAUCUGUCAUUGAUGUUGGUGGUGAACAAGAAUCGAACCUGGGUCGCCAAGUUCUAGGGGCAAUUCGGCAACCAACUACGCUACCGCUCGCCCCACGAUAUCCAUGCACAGUGUGUGGACAUUAUAUUCUGUGGUUUUUCAAAGCUGAAGUUUUUCUCACGUAACGUUCCUGGCUCCCCAGGGCUAUGGAUGGAACCAAAGCUUAGACUGACGUUGGGGGGGGGAAGUUGGAUGCUGUGGUGUUGUAGGAAAGAGGGGAGAGGUUCUGCUUGGUAAACCCCCCCUCCCCACCCGUGUAAUGGCGUAAGUGGUAUAUCCCAGAUUAAAUUGGCCCCACUAAGCCGCAAACUCAAGAGGAUUGUGUUGGGAGAGUGCGAAUACACCGUGGGGACAGCUCUGAGUUAAAAAGCCUGCAUUGCGGGUUUAUAUAUAUUCAGCAUAUGAACCUAUGGCGGUCCCAUAAGCCCCCGGCUCUCGCAUAAACUGCCUUGCCACGUCAUUUUAUGUCGAGUGAAGGCGAACGACACGGCAAUCUGCUCCUCUCGACGAGCUCUACACGAUGCGCUAAUCAAAGUUUAAAAGUUUUGUUUCUUCUGCGCAUUCGUCCUCGCUGCUGCGCUUGGACACGACACGGCAACAGAACGAUCCGCGCCAGGCUGGUCGCGGAGUUUAUGUGCGCGGUGGGACGGAGUCGCCAAUUAUGUAGUAGAGUAAUUGGCCACAAUAAAAAAGGACAACAAUGAAACUUAAGAGUCUCAGCUAAUUCUUGUAAAAUCACUUUGAGCGUAAAUAUGCAUUGUUGUUUGUGUACUUGUCCGUGCCUUAGGAAUGUGGAAUUCCCACCACUGGAUGUGAACUGCUAGAGGAAAUGAGGACUGCCAAAUGGUCGCUUGAGAAUGGAAACAGAAUUUGAGAGGCACGUUUUGGUAUUGUCCUGUUACUAAACAUUUUUUUUAUUUUACCAGGUAAGGCCCACUGAGCAAUGUAUCUCUUUUCAGAAGCGACCUGGCCACAAAUGAUAGCUCAGCAAAGUGGCUUAUCAUCUGGUAAUGUAUUGCGGCCAAAUACUCUAAAGCGCAUGUUUCUAAAUGUGGAGGGACAAAAACAGAGGACCCGGAGAAAAAGCCACGCCAUCACGGGUCGGGGAAAAACAUGCAAACUUCAACUAUUGCAGGUGUCAGGAUCCCAACCAACGACCUCCUGCGUACCAGGUGAAGUAGUUAACAUCUCGCUACCACGGCGCCCCAGUUACUGCAGUGUACUCUCCAUCAAAAGCCUAUGUUGCAUUUGCCACUGGUGUCCUUAGUCGAUGCGUGUCUCGCUGCUCAAGCUUUGGGCGGCGAUAAUUUUGAUUGGUGAUUCCAGGCAAGUGGUUAAAAUUCCACGUUCCAAUGGCAGGGACAAGUCUAUCCACAGGGAAGUCGCUGUUGACUUGCCACAAAGUGGUGCUGUCCCCAUUGGAGUGCUGCCUGGCUGGACAGUGGUGACAUUGCAAGUGGAUAUCCACAGCCUGAAUAACAUCAGCCUAUUUAAAUAUUCACGGAGGUAUUUCAGUGCUGUGCUCUGAUUUCAUAAUUCCGCAUCCUGUUUGGUUAUCCCCUUCAUGACCAUCCUACUUGUGUGUCCAGUCACCGUAUUUGUCCGGUUCCCGCGAAACGUCCUGCCCAUGUCCACGUCCCCCCCCGAGAGUGGGUCUGGUCUUGCAUUGUCAUUGUUAUCUCAAGACUUACGUCCUUGUCGUUUUGAGCUGGGCCAAUUGUUCGUCAUGGCUGUCAAUGUCCGUUUCUUUAAGGUUCUUUCUUGCGAGAGAUUCCCAGUGAGCGUGCAACGUUGGCCCCGACGUGUGCCACCUUCCCUGGGCCCCAUGGCACUGGGCUGCUCACGGUGGCCGUUUUUGUUGUCCCCAAAAUCCCUCAACCCUGCGUGAGGUUUCCUCUCCAGUUCGCCAGCUUGUUCGCAACCCGUCUUGAAACGGUUGUUUAAUCCACAGUGCAUUCUGUAUUCAAGUGGCGCUGAACGUGAUGUGUGAGCCCGCUGUACGUGGCAAGCCCUGGUUUUGUAUACCAGGGACAAUGGGGAGUUCUGGCCUGACAUAAAAGCAACGACUGACCUUGAUGAGGCUGUAUUAUUUUUCUCCAUGGACCUGUCUUAAGUGCAAUGGACGUGACCCAUUAAUGUUCAAAGGCUUUAAUUCCCACCAGAAGAUAUAUCUACAUUACUCCUCGGAUCACUAAUUCACAGUGCACAUCAUAUCAUUGUCACAACAACAAAAAUUCACUGAAGCAAUUAUUUUACAUUGGAAAUAUGUGGUGAGUGGGAGCUAAAUUCUCGUGUGCGUUUGCUCCCUUACGCCAGUUAACAUCAUUCAAAUUGACUUCAAACACAAUUUGAAAUGUACACAGUUUAUCAUUGUAAAAUGCGUUGUUGAUAUGAUGUACCUAACUGAAUAGCCACCCCUUCUGUUGUGGGUGUCGUGCCUUCUACCAGAGGGCCACUCAUCGUAUGUCCACAAGGCGGUGGACAUUCAAACUGGUUGACGCAGGUUUUCUUUAACGUUUGCGAGUUAAAUUUGUCCGUGUCAACCGUCCCUAAGUUAGUUCGUUAGUUAAUCCUCUUCGUCCCCUAUAGGACGAAAAAGGCGCAAUGAGUGGCCUCCACUUCUUCCUGUCCUUGGCAACAUGUUGGGCCACGCCCCAAGAGAGGUCGAUGGCUGCUGCCAGCUUCGUCCUUCACAGGUCUUGCCGCCAGGGGGUCUCCCAGGUUUUCUUUAACCCGGCGGUGGCCAUCUUCGGGGCAAUCUUUGGUAUACGGUCCUGGUCAUUUCUUGAGCACACAUGUCCUAGCCAUCUGAGUCGCCGUCUCUUGAUGUCUCGUGUGAUAUCGGGACAACAGUUCGGUGUUGUGGAUUUAGUUUGGCCAGAAGAUGCGGUGCAGUUUUGCCGAGUCAACGUCCCUAAAGUCAUCAAAAUCAAAGCCGAUCGAGCGGUUUGAUUUAUUCCCGCGUAAAUUGAAGUUAUCACCUUCCCUUUAGUGUUGCAAUUUGUCAUCCGUUCACAAUUGCGCUUGGGGUUAUUAACUAUUCAUUGGGACUAAUCUAUUAUUUAAACUGACCGAGAGAAGAUAAAACGCUCUUGGUCAUUUUGGUUGAAUACAUUUUCACUGGAACUUAAUUACACCUGAAAACAAAGGCACGAUUUGCAGUGAGUUUUAGUCAACACGAUUUGGACAAAGUACUGUACGGCAAUUUUUUUUAAAGCCGAGAACAUUUAUUCUGCAACGAGGUCGCUCUUCGAAUUGGACUCAAAAAACUUUACAGCUCUGCACGUGUGCUUGGCCAAUGUCCAGCAAUCAGAAAAUAUAAUCUACCCAAAACAUGCAUGCAUGCAUUUGGCCUAAAUACAUCCCACCGUGUAACCCAUGAGUUAAUCUUAAUAUGAUAUUAACCAAUGCAACAUUUAUGCAAUAAUGUUGUCUGUUAAAACGUUGAUUUUCAUAAUCCUCUGAUUUACGCUGACAAUUGGGAAAUAUGGAGUAGUUGCAUUUGGGUUUGCAAUGUUAUCGGCAUCGUUCAAAUCCACAAAUUAUUAACUUUGCUAGUUUUAAUAACAUUGUCCAUGGAAAUUCCUCCACAGUGCAAAAAAAUGAUGUCCAUUUAAUUUUACCUAAACCGAUGCCUCUUUAGCAGGUGGGUAAUAGACAUCUGUACUGUGCACUGUAUACGUUAUAUUACAUAUUUUAAUUCUUAUCCCACAAAAUAUAUUAAGCAUUUCACAGUCCGAGUUGUCAGGCUUGAAUUGGGUCACAUUUAACUGGGCCCUUUGCGCAAGGGUUUUGUUUGUGCUGGGCAUGGCAGGUUGGCAGGAAAGGUGGCAGGCUCCCAGGCCUAUUGAGCCUCAGAGUACAGGCGAAAAUAUUGACUCUUAAUUGCCUAGAAUAUGCCUUCAAAAACGGAUGCAUAUAUUUCAUAAUGGCAGCUACAGAGACAGCUUCGUAGAAUUUUCAACAGGAGCAUCAACAACAAAAAACGCAACAAAGUUGUACUGCCCAUCCUCGGUAUUAGGAAAAAUGUUCUGCACACUACUUACAAUUUUUCCUGCCAUUUAUAGCAUCUGUGUUAUGUCAUAGCUGUCCUAUUCUAAUCAUCAUUACACAACCGUACUCCCUUCUGUUAUUAUGCAAAUAACAACGCAUCUUAGGAAGCCGCAAUGUGAGAAGCUGUCAUUACGGCGUGGAAACUGCUUUCCGGGAUGCUGCUGCUGAUAAUGAUGGCUGCAUGGGAAACAAAAUCGGUUUCUCUUAUUGACCGGUUCCUAUGGGUCACCUUUUAACCCCGAGCAAAAUGUCUUAAAAGUCUAGAUCGAAUUUACAGUCCACUCAUGCCUCGUUAGAAUGAGCAGUGAAGUAGUUAUUCACAGCUGAAAACUCACGAGCAGCUCUGCAGCAAUGGAUACAUAUCGAUUUAAAGCUUUCGUGACUGCAUGGAUUCAUAUUCUUGGUUCUUUCGGUAAAGUCACGUCAGUGAGAAUUUUAUCUUAUAUUUUAUUUUUAUUAUUUUAUUAUUUCCCUUCUAUGUGACUUUACCGAAAGAACCAAGAAAAAUGGAUACAUAGUUCACAAUUACGCCCUAAAACGCAAUUAUUUAAUGAAAGCCAAACAAAAUUGGAAACUUUAUCAUUGCUAUUAAACCAAAUUGAAAGUAUUUAGACUUGUAUGUUAUGCUGUGUUUUAAGUGUUGCCAUAUGCUUCCCUUUAUUAUAUAUUUUAAAAAAUCAGACUACGGUAACCUGGCUACAGAAACAUGAUUGCCACACUGCAGAUUUUGAUUGGCAAAAAAGCUAUUGCAGUGACCUCUAUUCUGUAAUUCCACAUUUACUUUUUGGCAAAUUAAAGCGACACCUACAGCCAGCAAGGAGUGCCAAUGAAUUGCGUGCCCAGCUAUGUGCAUCACAUAAAGUUCAACAUGCGAUGACCCUCGACAUGAAAUCUACAUACAGCUACUGAGCAACCUCUUUUUAUAUAUAUAGUAGGCCUUUACAACAAGGUGACAGAGAGAAUAUAACCAGAGGCCACGGGUGGAGGCUGAGCAGAGGAAAGUUUCAUGACCGAGACCAGGAGGCGAUUGUGUUUUUACGCAAAGAGUGGUGGGAGUCUGGAACCGGCUGCCCACGCAACACGUGUGUGUGGAAGCUGGUCACUAGGACUCUUGGAAGAAAGGCCUCGAUCAAAGCCGAGAAUCGAUCUGCGACUGGAAACUGAAUGAGCGAGGUGGACCGAAUUUCCCCUUCUCGUUUGUCACCCAAUUUACGUUCGUAAUAUCAUUCCGCGGCAACUUCUCCCGGUCAGUUAAACAAAAUUAAAGAAAAAAUGUGCAGGUUGAGACUGUAUAAAAAGAUGUAAAAAUAUAUAUAACUACAUUGUGAAAUGCUUUGGAAAAAUCUGCAAUACCUGGCAAGAACACCAGGUGUGUCUGAUAACGCCACAGCCGAAACAUAAAUCAUGUCUUAUUCAGUUUUCCUUUAGUAGGACACAACGUGGAAACUACAUCACUAUUACCACUUUUAAUAGGGAUCAUCUGUAUGCAGUUUAUACUUUGUUCAUAAUCCAGGUCAGUCGCCUGGAUAAUUGUAAUUCUUUGACAAUUGAUGAUACCUUUUACAGACAGUUUACCUUGGAUGUUGGCAAAUGUGUAAGGAAAAGUGCUGUUGAUGAAUUUAAUGACAUUCCCCUCGGUAAGAUGACUACCCCUUGUGAACUUUGUGUCUAACAGUCUGUCUAUAUCGGUGGCGAUGUAGUCCUAUAUACACGGUGGUGGGAUAUCAGACGCUUGGCUUGCUGUCACUGCAUCUGCUUCAUACGCGCUAAUUAUGUUAAUCGUGUUAAUCGCAAGUUUACCGACGCAUUAAAGUGUUUGUGAGAAUACUUUUACGUGAAAUGCUAAAAGUGUUUUUAUGGUGCUACAAACUACUGCAUUAUUCUACUACGAGACGAUCAUGUCAAAAUAUACCAUUGGAAACGA